UCCUCGCGGCCAAGACGGUCGCCUUCGGCGUGCCGGUAGGGGUCGCGUCGCUGUUCAUCGCGGAGAUGCGCGAAGCCGAGGACGGCGUCGCCACCACGAUCGCCUUCCUGGUCAGGCUGCUCAUCAACGCGGCCAUCAUCGUCUCCGGAGGCGGCACCGUUCCCCUCCUGCUGACGUCCUUCAAGCGAAUGCUGUCCCGCAUCGUCUUCGUGAUGAUGAUGUACGCCUACGACAAGUACAGCAAGUACCUGGUCUGCCAGCCGGCGCACCCUUGUCGAUCUGUACGCACCGGGACAGUGCGUGUUGCCGUCUUGGUGCCAGGGGGCCCACAAUAGCGGCGACCUGGAGGACACGUUCCGAAGGGCGUCCUGCUUGUACCAGAAGUUUGCCAUGUCUGACGAAGCAGCCAUGCUGCAGUCUCACCACGAGGAGUACGGCCACAACCUGCACAACUUCGGGCGAGACAACGCAAUCGGAGCGUGCGUUUGGGCCGCCGCAAUGGUCAUCUCGCUGCUGGUGACGUUCGACAUGGCCAAGACCGUGUACGUUGACGUGCUCGCUGGUUGGAGCUUGUGUCUUCGGUACAUGGAGAAGCGCCGCGGUGGACUGGGCUGGAAAGACGCCCUGCGCACGGCGGCACAGGGAGCGCUCGGCGAAGCGUCGGGUCAGGAGGAGGCGGCACCUAGCGGUUCCAGUGUUGCUGCGACGGCUCCUCCCCAGGCCCAAGGUCGCGCGAAGACAUCGGCGUCUCGGAAUAACCUCGCUUUCGCCCAAACUUCAGUGACGAGGACCGACGGUGUGCGAGUGCCCAAAUAACAGUGUCGCACCAUUGCCGGAUGACAAUCGUUGGACGUAAAAUUUGCGCCAUAUGUGCCGCCACAAGUACAGGCUGGGCGGCUAUGAACCUUCUGUGACGUCAUUGGCUCAACUGACGUCACGUCGGACGAUAUUUUUAUAUUGUGUCGCCCUGAAGAUUACCUCGUUAUUUUAAUGAAAAUUUCUCUUUAUUACGUUCGAAUUGUAUCUGUUUGUUUGCACUCUCUAUCAUCAAUUGACGUGAUAAUCUCAUCACAUGGGACUUGCUCGUCACCUUUCACAUCUUUCAUGACAAUCGUGUAUUAAAGUAAUCUAUGUGCGAUAAAGGCAUUGUCGGUUUCGUGAACUAUAGUUAAUAGUUUGAUCUUCAAAAGAGAUCCUAGCCAUUCCCUAUACGCAUCACGUCGUUUCAUGAAACUGAUCUUCUGAUUCGACCAGGCAGUCUACGUGAAGCGCAUAUUUCUUUGAACCUUUCGUGAAAACUUAUAUUGUCCAGAUUGAACGUCGUGUUUUACCUGUCAUAUUAGUGUGGCUUUUGUUUCGAAGGGCGCAUAUAAGUAGGUAUUUGCCUUUGGACGGGAUUUUUAAAAAAAUGUACUCAUAUGUGUUACACUAACGUGAUAUUGUUAACUAGUCCUUGUUGUAGAAGUACCCAGUGUAGGCGUCAGUUUAUCAUUUCGGGGCGUUGGUGCUGAACGAAAAGCAGCGAUAGCUGCAAAGAAAUAAAAUUGGGGGAUCUAGUGGGAGUCGAACCCAGGCACACUACAUGGCAGUCUCGUGUUGUUCCAUGAAGCUAGGGCAGUGCUUGAAACUGUUGUUCUUAAUAAACUGCAGGCGUCAUCUAGGGUGACAAGUCGCCUUGCCGGAUGUAACGAGAGGGUAGUAUCUGUAACGUUACCAGAUGUAACUUAACAGGUUUGAUUUG